AUGAAUAAUCUUACAGCCAAAAGCACUGUUAGUAGUACAUUAUUAAACGUACCUUAUCAACUUAAUAUGUGGAUUGGUUGCUUUAUUUUAAUCACAGGAAAUCUAAGCACAUUUGGCAAUAUUAUUGUGUUUUCUUCUAAAGCAUUUCGUAAUCGUGCAUGCACGGUUUAUCUCUUAGCAGAAGCAUUUGUUGUUAUUAUCAAUUUUAAUUUAGUACUUUUAACACGAGUACUUCAAAAAGGUUUUAAAAUAUCGAUUAUGAAUCGAUUUGAUAGUAUUUGUAAAAUACGUUAUUUUGCUUCAAUGUAUACAGAUAUACUUGCAUUAACAUUAUUCAUGUUAGCUUCACUCGAUCGACUUUUAGAAGCACAACGUUCACCAGCAUUAAGAAAAUGGAGUAAUCGUACUAAACUUGCUUAUAAAGUAGUAGCAGGUUGUACAAUCGGAUGGUUUUUACUUACAGGUUCUCGACUUGUAUUAUAUAGUACAUCAUAUGGAAGUUGUGAAGCUCUACCAGGUCCUUAUGCCAUUUUUGAUAACUAUUAUGAAUCUAUAGUAUCGGGAAUCUGUCCCCCUAUUAUUAUAUUAAUAAUAUCUUAUUUAAUGGUGCGAAGUGUUCGAGAAACUAUUCAAAGACAAGCAGUGCCGGCAGUUAAUGGUGAAUUAAACAACAAGCCCAAACCAAAUUUAGCAUUUCUUCGAAAUACUGACAAACAACUUACUAUGAUGUUAUUAUGGCAAACAUUUGUUGCUAUACCAGCAUUUAUUCCUUAUGCAGCUUUAUUAAUUUAUUCCAGUAUUACUGCCAAUUGGUCCAAAUCAGCUGAAUACGUAGCUUGGGAAAAUGUAUUCGCUGAAACUAUUCGAUUGUUAUCAUAUACAUUUUUUAGUACACAAUUCUAUGUUACACUUAUUUCCAGUCAAGGCAUUCGCAAACAAGUCCGAGCUGUUUUUACAGGCAAGAAUAGUGUCAGUGUAACAUCAUAA